UCGAAUCUCGUUAAGUUUAAAAUUUCCGAAAUUUUGUUUGGGGGACGUGACUGGGGAGCGACGUCCCCAAACGCGGCACGAACGGAACACGUUCCCCAAAGCUCAAUCCGGGGCGUUUUGGGGGACGGUUUGGGGGACGCGGCUGGAGAUGCUCUAAUAUCUUGUUAAGGUGAUAUGAUGACGGAGACAAGGUAUCUAGGACUAAAAUGGAGUUAGACAAGCAUAUUUUUAAGUGAAGACAAAACUAUAUAGGAGCAAUGUUAUCGUGUAUAGGGGGAAUUAUAGCUCUUAACACUGAUGCUCUUAAUGGGAAAAGCUUCUUUGUCUAAUUAAAUUUAAUCCAACAAAAAAUCCAGUAUCAUGGUAUUCCCAACAUGUGUUUGCACUUGCCAAUUUGUCGUCUGAAUUCAGAGCGUGAAGCUUGUGUACUGGACUACAAUGCACAUGUUUCUUGCCAUAGUUGCAUGAGAUCUCUUGUUCACUCAUUUGCACUUGUUCUAAUGAAAGGUUAUGUUAUUGCUUGUGCACAAUGUAAGCUUAAUAUUGGCAUGCAACCACAAAAAGGGGGGUCGGCUUGGGUCUUCACUUGCAUGAUUAUCUUUGCUUAUUCGGAAAUCUUCAACAUUUCAGCUCACGAUGUCCCUGCGUGUUCACAACUUCCAAAUAUUUCUAACUCUACCCAAUAUUGAAACUUUGACAUUUGUUUUUCUCCAAGUUGUUAUUUCUCUUGAUGUUAUAUUCUCCCGUUUCAAGACCUAAACUUGGGGAUGGAGAGCACAAUGUUUUCGCCACUGCUGAAUUCUGACUUUACUAGCUGAGUCUUUGGUGCCCAUUCGCUUGUCAACUAGAGAUGUUGAAGAUCCCUGCCUUCCAAGUAGAUGUAGCACCUAAGAAAGGUAAAGGUGUGAUGACCUUUGGACCCCACCCAAAAAGGGACCAUCCACAGCCUACAUGUAAUAGUAUUUUUGGGCUGCCCUGCAAUGUCUGAAUGCUUCUGGUAAGUUUGGUAUUCAAAAAAGUAUAUUGUGUCAUCAAUGUCUAAGCCUUCUUUGGUCUCAGGUCAUCCUACGUUAUAUUCUUCCGUGCCAUUUCACUAACCCUUACUGGAAAAUACAUGGUUGCGUGCUCGAUUAAAUGAUGUCUUCACUUUUGCACCAAUUGCAUGAUUCUGAUUCCUUCUUUUCCUAUAUAUGAUUGGUCGUUACCUUUUUCCCUAUCAUGCUCGGUCAAUUGUUGUUUAGGAGUCUACAUCUAUAUAGAAAAUCAUGUCUACAUAUUAUGUCACAUGCUGAAACAGUAACGUAAAUCUAGUGGACAGGAAGUGGGUAGAGCAACAGGUGCCUGGUGGCCAGAGAACAAGCAAAGCAAAACAACACCCUGCCUUCAUAGAUAUCUAGGCUGGCAUGCUGUGCUGAUGAUAUCCUUUCUAUCAUAGGGGCCUACUCCUUUGGGAUUCUUAAGAUUCAAGUAUCCUUAACUGGUCACUCCAAUUAUAUGAAAGGAAGAAAAGGAGAAGAAAGAAAGAAUACAGACAUACACCCCCAGAGAUCGAGCCCAAUUAGGUCUCCACAUGCAUGAGUGAGCGAUCGUGUCAAGUUUACGCAGCUUAGCAUGCACUUUGUCCUUGUCCAUCGGAAACAAAAUAUCAUUAGGCGAAGGAGGGAGAGGGAGAUGGCUAUAAAUAUGGAAUUCUGUGGAGAUGAGUUGGUUUGUGCCAAAAGAAAGCUAGCUGGGGAGAGAGAAGUCACCUCACGAUGAAGAGGCUGGUGAUCCUCAGGAGGUGCGAGCCGAUCGUGCGGUUCAGCUGCUGCAGCGUGCGGUACGGCGACUGCCGCCGCAACCAUGCCGCGAGCACUGGGGGCUACGCCGUGGACGGGUGCCGGGAGUUCAUCGCUGAUGGCGAGGACGGCACCUUCGCCGCGCUCAAGUGCUCAGCCUGCGGCUGCCACCGCAGCUUCCACCGCAGGGUGCAGGUCUACGAGGUUGCAUGGGACUGCGAAUCCGACGAGUCAUCGUCCUCGAGCAGCAGCUAGGCCGCCGCUGUUCCACGCCCCAUCUGAGGAGCCGCCAAGCUGCAGCUGUGGGUGCAUCAUGUCUAGUCUAGGACCCCUAUGAUUGUCAGCUGAUCUGUGUGCUGAAACACCUAGUAACUCAAGUGAUCAUCUCUAGUGUACUAUCCUCUCUGGUGCUUCUCGUUUGUUCCGUCCUCCUAGUUGUAAUCCCAUGCAAGCCCAUAUUAUGUAUAUCUGUGUAUUUGCUUCUCUGAAUCUCUGAAUUGUCCACUCAACUUCAAUGGCUCUACACUGCCAUAUUAUGUAUAUCUAUGUAUUGGCUUCUCUGAAUC